GUCGUGACGUCACUGACGCACCGCGAGACCGGCCUGACAAACUCUGACGGAGCGUCGCGCGCAAGGCGGAUAAAAGUCUCUAUCCAUCGGGAACAACGGCAGCAAACGGAGGCUUCGUGAUUUUACUUCAUCUAACAGAGCUGGAGACGCAUUAAAACCGCAUUUAAACGCUUUAAAGUGUGUUGUCAAGCGCUGGGAUGUUCGGGAAUAUCAAGAAUAAACUUCCUGUUGAGCUUUAGCCGCCUGGAGUUUCACUGAAGGUGCGACUGAAUGUGCCUCAUGAAGCGGGGAUAUCUUCUGUGAGGUCUGGAUAACCGCUGGAAAUCCGCAUCUAGUCAGUGAACAGAGUUUGUUAUUAAUGAAUGAAUGCUGAUUUUACAGGAUGUUGGUUGGGUUUUGAGGAGCUGUUUGAAGAUGAGCGUGACGUCGUGGUUCCUGGUGAGCAGCUCCGGCACGCGCCACCGUUUGCCGCGCGAGAUGAUCUUUGUGGGCCGAGAGGACUGUGAGCUCAUGCUACAGUCUCGCAGUGUGGACAAACAACACGCCGUGAUCAACUAUGACGCGUCUACAGACAAGCACCUGGUCAAAGACUUGGGCAGCCUCAACGGGACCUUCGUGAAUGACCUUCGCAUUUCUGAUCAGAUCUACAUCACCCUGAAUUUAUCAGAUGUCAUUCGCUUUGGAUAUGAUUCACACAUAUACAUCCUGGAGAGAAGCCAACACAAAGUGCCCGAGGAAGCCCUCAAGCAUGAAAAAUACACCAGUCAACUUCAGCUGGGUCAAGAGACGCCGGAAACCAAGAAACACAGUCAAACAGACGAGAAACGCCGAAACACAGACGCGUUACAUGUCAAAUCAGAUAAAACGGAGGGGAAAAUCAUCACAGAUCCGUCCGUGUCCAGACCCACUCCUCUCUACGGUCAGCCGUCCUGGUGGGGUGAGGAUGAUGAACAUAAGGGUCAGCGCUGUGAUCCGAGCGUUCAUGCACAUCACACAGAAAACCACACGGAUGGUACCAAACGUGAGCUCAGCGUUUCUCCAGAUGAACUUCACGAUGGCCAGAGCAAAUCCGGUUACUCUUACCGCAAGGAACCAAGUUACUUUGAGAUCCCCACAAAGGAGAUCCAUUCAAAGCCUAAAACUGCUUCCCAGGAAGUCCAAGAGAUUCCCACAAAAGACACGGACCAUAAACCCCCUGCCACUCCUCCGGUGGUUCAGGGCCAUGCCUCCUUCACCAUCGAGUUUGACGACCAAACCCCUGGAAAGAUGAAGAUCAAGGACCACGUCAGCAAGCUCUCCAUCCGCCAACGAAACCCCAGAAACCCCACCAAGGAGUCGAUAGCCAGGCUCACGGAGGUGAUGUCGGUGGAGAACAAAGUGGCUGAUUGGUUGGUUCAGAGUGACGCCACUAUGAUGAAGAGUCUAGAAGAGCAGUCUGGGUCAGACGAGCUCUUGAACAAGACCUUCAAAGAUGCGCACCUUCAUGAAGACACUGAUUUUGAAGAACCGGAUGAAACCCAAAUGAUUCAGUCACAUAAGAUCAAUCAACAACCUGAGGGAGAAGAUUACCCAACUAACUACACUUCAAAAAGCCAAGGCAAACCGGAUCCCCAGCAAGCAUUUGUGAUUGAGUUUUUUGACGAUGCACAACGGAAAAAGCGCUCUCAGUCGUUCACCAAUAACAUGUCUUCUCCCGACUUCCAGUCUGCUCUAAAAAGCAAAUUAGACAAACGGAAAGGUGGAGAACGGUCAACAUCAUCCGCACAUAAUCCACCCACACAGCAGUUCACGAUUCCCCUCAAAGGUUCAGAUGGUCCUCAGCGGGCCGGAUCCUUCAGACGGGAGAAGAGCGAAGUCCGUAUGAGCACCUCUGACUUCAGCUCCCGCUCUUCGCCUAAAACUUACGGCAGCGUCGGCCGGAGAUCCAAACUGUCGCAGGACUUUGCUGCAGAGUUGCUUAGGGUGUCGAAACCCAGUCCUGCCCCCACAUGGGACGUUAACUCGACUUGGGUGAAGACCUUGUCUUCUAAUGCUGGAUCCUCUGUGACACAUCAGAGUUUUCCUACUACGUCUCAUACAGUGAAUCAGUCAAUCAAAUCUCCCUCUGCACCCAAGGAAGACAACAGUACAGAGGUCAAACCUUUGGUUCCCAAGCAGCAGGAAGAGGAGGACAGUUUAAGUGAUGCAGGUACCUACACCGUUGAAGCCGAAAGUCCAGACAAAGAGGUUGUGGAGGCACGGAGCUUGAUCGAUCAGGUGUUUGGUGUUGGUGACAACAGCCAAACCUCAGCAGCAGCAACAGUUAAGCCUAUAGUUGGUGACACUGAGGGUCACGAUAGUCUUCUACUCAGUGAGAAUAGCUCAGGCCCAAAAUUGGGUCAGUACUCAACAGACCUUAGUGACACAGCCAAGGGUCCUGUACAGAUACAGUCGAUGACGCCCGGAGGCACUAGGUGGGUUUCUCGCUGGGCCAGUUUGGCUGACACCUAUUCAGACUCUGGUCCUGCUUCAGGACUCUUUGAUAUCCCAACACAGGUUGAUCUUUCUGCCGGAGCUGGUGAAAGGAUCAUCCACCAGGUUAUGCUUAACCGAAGUGCUGACUACUCAGAAACAAGCCAAAGCAGCAGAACAAGACGAGUUCUGCCUCAGGUUCCUUUGAAGGAGAAAAUCGAGACACCACCGCCAGCAAUACUCAUUCAAACGGAUUCUUACCUGUCCGGAGUGGAGAAGAGUUUGCAAGUUCAGAAGCAAAAGUGGGAUCCGCAGAAACUGAGCGUCCAAGAUGAUCUGGAUCCGGACAGCCUGAGCGAUGCCAGCAAAUCCGAUGAUGGCUCUGUGGUUGAGCAAUGCAGGAAGACUCCUGAUUCGACCCAGAAGAUGUGGAACCGGUCUAUGAAGACCAGUCAAGAAGAGGCAAAAGACCAGGAUUCGACUCCUAAGUUUUUCACAGCAACUUUAACACGAUUGCAUGGCAAACUUAGCAAGAGCGACUGUUCACCACCCAACAUCGAUCAACCAGAUGACUCUAUUGGUGGAGACAAUUUAGUGUCCAUUGUUAGACAAGAAAGUUAUACCAAAGAAAAGGCCAGCGACAACAUCCACUUGUCCAGAUUGCCUCAGAUAUCUAGUCAACCCUCUAGCAAAGAUGCUUUUAAAGGUAUAAGCAAUCAAGACACUCAAUCUUACCUCAAAGACACUGAGGACGUUCUAGCAUCUCUGGAAGCAAAGCUUCUGGAGCAACAGCAGCAGAAAGACAACAACAGUCGCUCCCAUAUGGAGGACUCCUUCUCGGGAGAAUCGGACACUUCUAGUACAAUCAGUGGGAAAAACGCUUUAGUUUCCGUGCCUAAGAAGCCAGUGGUCCUCAGAGGACUUUUAAGAGGUUCCAGAGAGCCUAAGACUUCUGGUGAUCCAUCUUGCCAAUCCGGGAUAAAGGACAGCAAUGGCAAGGUAGAUCCAAGCAAGCGUUUUCAACUCCGUCGCAACCUUAGUUCUCAAGACUUUGGGCCUGAUCUUCAAAGUCCCACCCCACGGCACUGGCCAGACGCCGUCUCCGACCAAGAAUCAAGUUCCCUACCUUACAAAAAGUACACUGUUCCUCUUCAGAAGGAAGGUACUAGCAAAUCCAAAGUACACAAUGUUCUAGCUCGCUCCAAUAGCCUCUCCGCUCCGAAACCGACAAGGGCUUCGAUGCUUCGCCGUGCACGUUUGGGUGAAGCCUCUGACAACGAAGGCACAGAAACCGAUCGGACGUCUCAAAACUCCGACGUCAACCCCUCGGCAAACAUUCGAGGUGCUCAGGAAAGCAAGAAGCUUUCUCGAUUGGACAUUUUGGCUCUUCCCAGGAAAAGGACGGGCUCCUUCAACACGCCUAGUGAUACAGAGUCUUCCACGAGCCGGACAGGAUUUUCAAACCGUAGCACCGAGUCAAGCAGCUCCGUGCGGAAAGCUUCAGUCCCGGAUCCCAAGGCUCUUCUGCGGAAGGUUUCGAACGCCGCGAACAGACAGCCGAUCAUCCGCGGACGCUCAAGCAGUGCCAAAUACGCCAGCAGCACUUCCAGCUCCAGGAGGCGUCAGAAGGGUUCAGACUACGCCUCCACCUCGGAGGAUGAGUACGAGUCUAACCAUAGCACCCCUAAACACAAACGCUCCCAUCAUUCAGGAUCCCAGCAGAACCCCAGAAUCCAUCCGGCCGGUCCGGUGCGAGCCUUGCCCCGCUCGAGAGACUCCGAGGGGGAAGGACACGAGAGCGACGCCUUCCAGAACUGGACGUCUCAUAGCGCUGAGAUCGCCAGAUUAAGUCAAGACUUGGCCAAAGAUUUGGCUAUUCUGGCCCAAGAGAUUCAUGAUGUUGCUGGAGACACAGAAGCUCAGAGUGCUUCAACAGACAAGAUGGGACCAGCCAUAUCUACACAUGAAGAGGUACUGUUCAUAAUGUUUCCACAUUCAACAAAACAGUUGUGCUGCACAAUAUUAAGUACGCUGUUGUUUUAUGCUCUUUCAGUUGCGCACCAGAUUCCUGAAGCCAGUCUGAAUUUACAGAAAGAAUGUCCUGCUGCGGCGCCGGCUGACGAGUCUGAGCAGAUCGUUAGUAAUCGACAGAGCAUGAGAGCAGACGAGGUCACACUGAACAAUGUGAUGCUAAAUCCGGUGUCUCAACUGUCUCUCGCCAUCCGUGAAAACACAGAGCAACUGACGGAGAAAAUCAAGGUUUUGUUUCAUAAUAAAAUGGAUGUUUUGGGAGAAAUUGAAGCAAAAAUCAAUGAGGCUGAUGAUUCCCCAUCACCAAAAACAUCCAACAAGGAAAUUGCAUCAAUUCUGAAAGAGCUGCAGAGAGUCCAGAAACAGCUGGAAGUCAUCAACGCCGUCAUGGAUCCUCGAGGAAACCCGGAUCUCAGCCGCACGGUUUCUUCCGCCGGGGUUCGUGCGUCGAGAGCGGCGUCCCGGGACGCGAGAGCGGCGCAUCGAGGCGGCGGAGCGACACCGAACAGCCGGCGAAUGUUCAGGAGCACAGACCGAGAGAGUUCACUGGUGUGAUGAGUCACGAGUCACUUUGAUAUGAUUUCAGCUCAUAAAUCUGAAUCCGACCCAUCUGGAGCGAUUGCUGGCUCGGUCACGAGCUCGUGUUUCUUCUCUGAGAUAAUAUUUGCACAUUUCUAUUCCUCCAAACAAACCUGGAUGGCGAUUUCAGCAGCUUGUGGCUUUGAGAAACUGCAGAGUUUGGCAUUAAAUGUAAAUACACCGUUAUUGAUUUUUCUUUAUCUUUGUUAUUUGUGAUGGUUGUUAUGGUCAAAUAAUUAAAAUGAUUAUUUAAAUCACUUUAUGUCUCUGUUGGACAGGGUAUUUGUAUGUUAAAGAUCA